AUGCGGCACUCCCCUCGACCGGUCGGGUCCGACGACGACAGCGGCAGCACCACCGAUGUACCGGACAUCUUCUCCGACAUUGCUACCGAUGAAUCCUCGGACAGUGCGUCUGAGCCAGACAGUGACGACGACCCGGAAGAUCUUUCUGACGACGAUUCGAUCCUGGAUGAUGAGGAGGAACGGGAACUCCCUGCGGCGUACUUCUUACAGGAGGCUGAAUGUCUCGACGUCUCCCAACUACGGCAGAAACGCUACAGCCCAAGGACCCAGGCUAAGUUGGACGAGACACGGGAUUACUGGGACCGGUGA